CCGCGGGCGCUGAGCGGCGGUGGGAUGAUCGCCGGCUCCUGGCCCCCGCGUAGCCUGGCAAAGCUCGGCCCGUCGCCCCCCCCGUCGGUGCUGCCCACGACGAGCCCCCUCCCUGCCAACGACUCCCAGUGCGGGGAGCAGAUCCUCAGCUACGGCAACGUGGAGAAAGUUGUCAUCGGCGCCGUCCUCUCCCUCAUCACCCUGCUGACCAUCGCCGGCAACUGCCUGGUGGUCAUCUCUGUCUGCUUCGUGAAGAAGCUGCGGCAGCCCUCCAACUAUCUGAUCGUCUCGCUGGCCCUGGCCGACCUCUCGGUGGCCCUGGCUGUCAUGCCCUUCGUCAGCGUGACCGACCUCAUCGGCGGCGGGGGGAUCUUCGGGCGCCUCUUCUGCAACGUCUUCAUCGCCAUGGAUGUCAUGUGCUGCACGGCCUCCAUCAUGACUCUCUGCGUGAUAAGUAUCGACAGGUACCUGGGAAUAACGAGACCUCUUACGUAUCCUGUAAGGCAGAAUGGGAAGUGUAUGGCCAAAAUGAUCUUGUGUGUUUGGCUCUUAUCUGCCUCUAUCACGAUACCCCCACUCUUUGGCUGGGCUCAAAAUGUAAACGAUGAAAAGGUUUGUUUGAUCAGUCAAGACUUUGGCUACACCAUUUACUCCACGGCAGUUGCAUUUUAUAUCCCAAUGUCAGUGAUGCUUUUCAUGUACUAUCAGAUUUACAAAGCUGCCAAGAGGAGUGCUGCCAAACACAAGUUUGCAGGUUUUCCCCGGCCAGAAGAAAUGGAAGGGAUUUCUAUGAAUGGAGUUGUAAAACUGCACAAGGAAUCUGAAGAAUGUACUAAUUUUUCACGACUCCUAAAGCAUGACAAGAAAAACAUUUCCAUAUUUAAAAGAGAACAGAAAGCUGCCACCACUCUUGGGAUUAUUGUGGGGGCUUUCACUGGCUGCUGGCUGCCCUUCUUCCUCCUCUCGACCGCCAGGCCCUUCAUCUGUGGUACAGCCUGCAGCUGUAUCCCACUCUGGGUUGAGAGAACAUUUCUAUGGUUGGGUUAUGCAAACUCUCUCAUUAACCCUUUUAUAUAUGCCUUCUUCAAUCGGGACUUGAGGACAACUUACCGCAACCUACUGCAAUGCAGAUACAGGAAUAUCAACCGGAAACUAUCAGCUGCAGGGAUGCAUGAGGCUCUGAAGCUUGCAGAAAAGCCAGAAUUUGUUCUGUAAGGUCACUUAUCUGUUGCUAUGAUAAUUUAUUGUUUAUCAUCUUAGCUUUUCCCUCUCAGGUCCAAAAUAAGAGUUGUGUAAAGACACAGGAUUAUUGAGCACUGUUAA